AUGACAUCUUCAAUUGCACUUGAGGAAAGACCGUUCACCAGACGCGGAGUGCUAUCAACAGUCAGCUCAUUCUACGAUCCUUGUGGUUUCCUCAGCCCUGUCAUGCUGAGAGGGAAGCAGAUACUUCAAGAGCUUUGUCGGAGCAAGCUUGACUGGGACAGUCCAAUGCCAGACAAUCUUCGUCCAGCCUGGAAAAGAUGGCUGCAGGAGGUUUUUCAUUUGGAGAAGCUCCAGAUAGCCAGAUGUUACAAACCCCAUGACUUUGGACAGGUCAAGGCGGCAGAGAUUCACCACUUCUCAGAUGCACUUAAGAACGGAUAUGGACAGUGUUCCGAUAUUUGCUUUGUGAACACUGAGGAUAAGGCCCACUGUUGUUUUGUCCUCGGGAAGUCUUGA